AUGGCCACCCACAACCUCCCUACCAGGACCAAGACGGCCAAUGAGUCCGACGACGAGGCCGUACCGGACGGUGACCCCUCGAACACUGCCGGUUUGCUGAUCGAGCGGUUGCAGGCUUGGAAGCAUAUGUGCGGAUACCUGGAGAACUACAUUUCGGCGGUCGCCAAAGAUCAAGCAGGCCGGGCAAAGGACCAAGAGAAGAUCCUCAAGACCCUUUCAAACCCUCUGCGUGAGGGCCACCAUUUCGAGACGGCUCUGGGCGGCAUCGCUGGCCUCUUCGAGAAUCUACGCGCCAACACGCAAGGCCAGAGCACCCUGUACACCGAAACGUCCAAGAGCUUGACGGGGUCUGUCCUGCCCAUCCUCGAGCGACUGCACACGGAGAUCAAAAACAAGAACAAAGAGAUUGCCAAUGGGGCAGGCAAGGGGUCCAAGGCGGUCGAGCAAUCCCGAGUGACAUCGCAGAAACACAUUGAACUGCUGGGCCAACAAGUGGCACAUUUCGAUUCCAGCGGUGGCAGGGUGACGGCACACCAUGAUCCAUAUGUGCUUAAACGGCAAGCGUUGCAUCGGCUCAACAAGCAGCUGCUUGAAGAGAACAACAACAGACAAGACCUGAUCGCGGUGCAGAACUCGUUUUCCCAGUUCGAGGCCCACAUUGUCACCACCGUGCAGACCGCAUUGAAUUCCUACAACCAGUUCAUGAGCGGCCAAGCGGACCGUCUCAAGGCCAUGUUCGGCGACAUCGCAUCCACCGCCAGCAACAUCCCAUUGGACUUUGAAUGGAAUGGCUUUGUGAAACGGAAUCAACAUCUCCUGGUGAACCCCAGCGCAGCACCGAGGUCAAUGGACGGUGUCUCAUUUCCGAACGAAAACCAUCGCGCCACCAAGCCCUUGAUCGAAGGAUCUCUCGAGCGCAAACAUCGUGGUAUGGGUGCCCUCAAGGGUUACAGCACCGGCUACUAUGUGGUCACCCCGGCGGGAUAUUUACACGAGUACAAGGACAAUGACAAUUUCCACAAGGACCCUGUUCCUGAGGUGUCGUUGUAUCUGCCGGAUUGCAUUGUCGGGGCGGUCGAUGGACCCAAAUUUACCAUCAAGGGCAAAGACUCGUCGGGCGGCAAGUUUGGGCAGAAGAUGGCCAUCACUUCCGAGUUCCAGUUCAAGGCUCACACGAAUUCCGAUGCCCAGCAGUGGCAGUCUAUUAUUGCCAGCUUCUCCCAGUCUUCCAAUAGUCUGCCCACGAGCCCGGUGGAGAGUCGGAACAUUACCCCGAUUACCACCAACCUGGAUGAACAGACCCAGGGCGUGACAAGUGGGCCACACAGCGCUAAAUCGCCUGAGACUGCUGGUACAACGGGACAGACGCCGGUUUCAGCAAGCGCAACAGCCCCGGCUUCAGCUGGACCGUACCAUGGUGCUCCGGCCUCGAACCCGCUGGAGGACCGAAAGUACGUUGAGAAGUGA